AUGUCGAUAAAUGCGCCUGCAUUCGGUGACCAGCCAGACCUCCCUGAUGCGCAAGCAGCAGACCACGCGGAAAAUGAACAUGCUUCCAGGCAUUCUCGACACAGUUCUAAUGCUCUAGCGGAGCCGCUGAGUGAACCGAUCUCAUUUAAGCGCAAGCAGAAAGCUCCAGUUCGGUUUGCCUUGUACAAUCCCUUUUCCAGGGGUAACACCGCCGUCGAUCAGACCCCUUCACGGCCAGAGUCGAGUCAAGGUGCCAGCGAUGAAGUACUGCAUGACAUUCCUACAGCCAGCCCUCCUGGCUCCAAACACAACGGCGCGGAGCGAGUCAAAGCCGGGGGUCCACUGGACUGGUACGUUGAAGGCCCGGGCCGACGAGUAGGGUACGACAACCUUACAGCAAUCGACUGGAUCUUCGAAUACACAAAGGAGCGCCAGCGAAUACGGCAUCUUCGCUCAAGCAGUAAAGGCAUCCUUGGCCAUGUGCGGCAGCUUCUAGAUGCUAGUCAUGUGUGGGCAGUCUUAAUCGCCACUGGAGUGGUGGUAGGCGUUCUGGCAGCUUGUAUAGACAUUGCAAGCAACUGGCUUGGCGACAUUAAGGUAGGCUACUGCAAAAGCGGGGAAGAAGGAGGCCGAUUUUACCUGAACAAAAGCUUCUGCUGCUGGGGUUACGAAGAUUUAUCACAAUGCAAGCAUUGGAUCCCUUGGGACAAAGCAUUGCGCUUGAGCUCUCAGGGAGGAGGUUACGUUGUCGAAUAUAUCUUUUUCAUACUAUAUUCCAUACUAUUCGCAGGAGUCGCAAGCUUCCUAGUUACAUCUUAUGCAAUCCACGCAAAACAUAGUGGAAUUCCGGAGAUUAAAACCGUACUCGGUGGUUUUGUCAUCAAGCGCUUCAUGGGGGUCUGGACUUUGAUGAUCAAGUCCCUAGGCCUAUGUCUCUCGGUUGCUUCUGGAAUGUGGCUCGGAAAAGAAGGCCCAUUGGUACAUGUCGCGUGCUGCUGUGCGAACAUCAUCAUGAAACCGCUGGAUAGCCUGAACUUAAAUGAGGCGAGAAAACGCGAGAUCCUUUCCGCCGCCGCCGCGGCCGGAAUUUCGGUGGCAUUUGGGUCCCCCAUCGGAGGAGUCUUGUUUAGUUUAGAGCAACUUUCAUACUAUUUUCCGGACAAAACUAUGUGGCAAAGUUUUGUUUGCGCCAUGGUGGCCGCGGUAACCCUUCACGCUUUGGAUCCCUUCCGAACGGGGAAGAUAGUUCUUUACCAAGUCAAGCACUCUCAAGGCUUUCAUCGCUUCGAGAUAUUCCCGUUUAUCUUUCUUGGGAUACUAGGUGGUCUUUAUGGAGGCCUUUUCAUUAAGUUGAACAUGAAGGUAGCCAGAUGGCGUAAGUCCCGCCGGGUCACAUUCCCUGUGUUAGAGGUUCUUAUCGUUGCGUUGAUCACCGCAAUUGUUAAUUUCCCAAACAUUUUCAUGCGGAUGCAAUUAUCGGAACUGGUCUACUACCUUUUCGUGGAGUGCAAGGAGAUAUCGGAUAACCAACUUGGCCUUUGCAAAUCCGGAGCGUCUUCCUUUGGUGUUGUAGGAUUACUGCUGGCAGCCGCUGCCCUCGGGUUUCUCCUUGCCUCUAUCACGUUUGGUCUUGACAUCCCCGCCGGGAUCAUUCUUCCAUCUCUGGCAAUCGGCGCGCUCUAUGGGCGUGCGAUUGGGAUUGUCUUUGACGUUUGGCAAAAAUCACACCCGACGUUCUUCCUCUUCUCAAAAUGUGAACCGGAUGUACCGUGUAUCACUCCUGGGAUGUAUGCAAUCAUCGGUGCAGCAUCUGCGCUGGGCGGCGCCACGAGGAUGACAGUUUCCAUAGUUGUCAUCAUGUUCGAAUUGACGGGCGCGCUUAACUAUGUGAUCCCCAUUAUGAUAGCAGUCAUGCUGUCAAAAUGGUGCGGCGACACAUUUGGCAAACGAGGGAUUUAUGAAUCUUGGAUACACCUAAACGAGUAUCCAUUCCUUGAUCAAAAAGACGACACUCCUCCGCCGGAUGUCCCCGUCAGCCAAGUAAUGACCAACGUGAACGAUUUGACCUUGAUUACAGCCGUGGGGCAUACCAUUGAAUCACUCACGAAUCUUCUCAAAACCACAUCAUAUCGCGGGUUCCCUGUUGUUUCAGACACUAUUCGCCCUGUUCUGCUUGGCUAUAUCUCUCGUAACGAACUUUCUUAUGCCUUGAAAACGGUCACAUCACGAAACUCGCAUAGUUUUACCCCUGAAACACAGGCAUACUUCUCGCACCAACCGUUUGCCGACCCUCUUGAAACACUUGACCUCCGACCUUGGAUGGAUCAAACGCCGAUUACUAUGAGCAGUCGUGCCACUUUUCAAAUUGUAUUAGAUAUGUUUCAAAGACUGGGUUUACGAUACGUUUUGUUCGUGAACAGGGGGGUUCUGGAAGGAUUCUUAACGAAAAAGGAUAUAUGGUAUAUCCUUGAGGGGGUUAGAAACAGGAGGAAUGAGGGGCUGGGGGAUGGUGUUUUACGGGAAGGCCAUUCAGAAGAGGAACAGGGUUUGUUGGGGCCUUCUGAUGACCAAGGAAGCGAUUUCGGUCAUUUUGAGAGACGGCCCUCGUUGUAG